UAGCGGAAGCACAGAUGGCAGCAGUACAGUGUGGAGGCUGGCAGCUGGAAGAGGAGGAAGUGUCUGGGACAGAAAAAAAUAAAUAAAUAAAAAAUGUUCCAGUAUUUGUUAGAUGCUGCUUCCGCGCAACAGGUUCUGGGUCAAUUAAAAGUUUGUUUGUUUCUUCUUGUUGCAGCACUGACCUGGAAAUGAUAUUGUUUUGUGCAGGAUCUGUGGUUGUCGGCUCUGAAUAAACUGUAGAAUUAGGUCAAUCAGAAGAAUAUAAAAGGGGUAAAAUAACCGACACAAAUAUGCGAAUAGAAGUGUAUUUUUGUAGAUAAAGAGGGGUUUGAAAAAUAUGAAAAGUGCCAGAAUAAUUCAUCUUUUUUCUAUUUUAAGGCUGUGUUAGUACCUAUACACAUUGUAUGUAAGUGUGAUGGUAACUUACUUAAAUACUGCAGGCUACAUCAUAACAAAACUGCACGUGAUGACUAUUUCCAUUUGAUACUUUAUACUCCACUAUUUUAAGUUGAAAUAGGUUAUUAUACACUCUUACACUUACAUCCAGUUACCAUACUUUUAUAUAAAACAAAAAAAUACCCACACACACACACACAAUCUAGUUAGGACAGCAGCACCAUUACCAGCAGGUUGUGGUUCACAUUUUGUUUAUUUAUUUAUUUAGCUGAGGUCCUAUUGGUUUGUCCGGACUCCGGUGGACAGCAGCUCGGUGCGUAAAGAGAGCAGAUCAGUUUGCAGUUCUUGGACUCUGCAGACAUCCUAGGAGGAUACUGGUCUCCCACUUUUUCAUUUUUCAUGUUUUUUUCAUGCAUCCUCUGCAGUCAUGGCGGACAUCGCCUAUGAGGAGGACAACAACAACAGCCCUUUUUAAGAGUUUGCAACGCCGUCGACCUUUUCCCGUGCAGGGACUUUUGUCUCCGCGGACCCCUUAAAUGCCUUUCAUUGAGAAAAGGCUUCGGACGUUCCUUGUUGUGAAUGUGUACAAGCGACAAAUGAUUUGAUUAAGAUGGGUAAUAAGCAAACAAUAUUUACCGACGAGCAACUUGAUGCCUACCAGGUAAGCUUGCAUGGCCGUGUGUCUACCUGCAGCAUGUUGGAGGAUGUUUGUCCCAACUCCCGCAUCAGAAAAAUCCCGUUAAAGCGUCCAUUAAUCAGGUUCAUUUGUAUGUAAAAGGACCUACUGUAAGGACCUUAAGUUUAGUUCAGUUAUUAAAAAAAAAUGGAGAAUUCACGUUUUGUGAAGGGCAAAGUGGAGGAAAACGCUGAGUAUAGUUAAAGAACUAUUCUUUUUAUAAUGCAUGCAUUUUCCAUUACUUUGGUAUACAAUUCCAUGACUAUUAGCUAUACAUCAAUAUUUAUCUUUUUUCUCCUGAUGUUGACCUCCUGCUAGUGGGAAACCCAUGCAUAUUGGAUUCAAGGGGCAAAGCAAGAAAUUCUGAACAUUUUGUGGGAUAGAAAGCAAUGUGUUCAGUAUUGAUCAUCAACGCCGCUUGACCUCAGUCUAAUGCAUCUCACACAAGCAACAAGCAAUAUCCUACUAGAGUUUGGUCGGUUAUGACUCUAUAAUAGAAAUAUAAAAAUAUGUACCUCGUCUUGAUAGGUGGGAGUAGCAGACAGUUUUGAUUUCACUGCAAACUGGAGGAUCUUGUGUGCAUUGUGCCAACAUCUGAGAAGAUCUGACCUUUUGUUACCUGUAACAAUAAUCCAGGUAUUCCUGUGAAGAAACACAGGACUUAAUAAUUUAUACCAAGCCAGUGUGAUAUGCUGUGAAACUCUACUCUCAGGAGACUGUUAAGUUCUCAAGAGCCUCUCUAGUUUCUCCUGCUACUCUUUAAAAAGCGCUUAUUAGAAUACUGUUGCCUUCUGUUUGCCUAAGUAGUUAUUUUCCCUCUUGGGUAUCUUAUUAUUUUAAUAAAUAUUUAAGAUAAAACACCCAAUUGGAAAUCAGCUGACUGAGGUGUGUAUUCACCAAAGCCACCCCACUUCCUUUUGUAUGUGCAGGCUUUACUUAUUGUGUAACCUGACAUGAUUGAGACUAUUAGAUGAUCAGUAAGAUAUUGCUUUACAUAUACUCACACAAUAAUUCAUGAGCCCAGAUAUCUUCAGUAGUCCUGUUUUGACUUGAGUGGAUGCAACAGUGAAGAGGUUUGUAGGAAGGGGUUUAUUUUUUUGUUCAUCACAUUGUUUCUGGACCUCAACAGGCUGCACCCUGCCUCUCACAACCCAGACAGAAGGGAUACAAGAGAAAAUGUAAAAUGAGGUCCCUCCAGUAGGGCUGUUGAAUAAUAUGUGUGCCAACACAUGCAUGUCAGACAGCAGCAGAUUGUGUUGCCCAUGCCUCAUCGUUCCUAUUGCAAGUGGCAGGUGACAACACUCACACAUCAUCAUCAUUAGAGAGACACCAGAGGCCUCCACGGGUGUUCACAUGGUUGUUCACGAGAUGUUAGAGGAACAGUAAUUUUGUAUGACUCACAGAUGUGUCACUGAGAGUGUUUUUAGGCAUUUAAGAUGAAAAUAUUUAUUGUACCUUCAAUAAUUAGUCACAGACUACAGACCAUAAGUGUCAGUGCUGUUUUUCUCUCAUUGCAGGACUGUACGUUUUUCACCCGCAAAGAGAUUCUGCGGUUGCAUGGCAGAUACCAUGAGUUGGCUCCACAUCUUGUACCAAUGGACUACACCAAUGAUCCUGAUUGUAAACUGCCUUUAGCCUUAAUAGUCAACAUGCCAGAGUUAAAGGAAAACCCAUUCCGCAACAGGAUCGUAGAAUCUUUCUCAGAGGACGGGAUGGGGAAUCUCAGCUUCAAUGAAUUUGUGGACAUGUUCUCAGUCCUCAGUGAAACGGCUUCUAGAGAGCUCAAGGCCAUAUAUGCCUUCAAAAUAUACGAUUUCAAUGUGGAUAAUUACCUGUGCAAAGAAGACCUGGAAAAGACUCUAAAUAGGCUGACGAAGGAGGAGUUGACUCCAGAAGAGGUGGAGCUGGUGUGCCAGAAAUCCAUCGAGGAGGCGGAUUUAGACGGAGACAACAAACUAUCCUUUGCUGACUUUGAAAAUAUGAUAACUAGGGCUCCCGACUUUUUAAGUACCUUCCAUAUAAGGAUCUGAGAGGGCUCUCUGUGGAAAGUCUCCCAGGUUGGCAGAAUGGUGACCAUCACGACUCUACCUGCACCCUGUCCUGGCCACAGCACAGUGCCUGUCUCCCACUCCCAUCGUCAAAAAAACAUACAUCAGUCCUCUCCAGCCUCAGUGGAGUCUGCUUAGUUAGAAAGCAAAACACUGGAUAAAGCUGAAUUCCCAGGACCCUGAAUUUCUUCACUCACUUCACUCUUCAAGUAUUUUCCUUUUACCACCUAUAAAAGGGCUUAACCUGGAUUGGCCUCUCUUUGGAAAAAAAAAAAAAGCUAUUCUUUCCACAUUUGAAGGUUGCGAAAUUGUCAAUGAAACAAGUGCAAAAUGAGCCAGACUCUGGAUUGCUGCUUAUUGAGCACAUUCAAGAAUGCAUAGUAUGCGUAUAGCCUAUACCUAUAUAGCACAUGAGAUAUCCCCAGUGAAGUCUUCCUAUAAUGGCACACUAGAAAUGUAGUAUUAAAAAGGACAAGGCUUGAAGUGAAUGAAAGCACAGCAUUGACAUUAAAGGGCAUACAGAUAUUUUAUAUGAGCUAUGCAAUAUUUGUACAUGCAGUGUAUUGCUUUUUGUCAUUUUAAGUUGUGUUUUUUUUGCUUGUGGAACUGGAACAUGAUGACAAUCAUAUCUUACUGUUGUCCAGUUAAAUGAAGGGCUCUGUCAUCUGAACUUAUUUUGGUAGCUUUCAUCUUCUGCCUUAGCCAUUGUCAUGAGCUAUUACAUAAAGCCAUCUUUUGGAUAUACAUGUUACAGUAUUUUAUGUGACUUCAGGUAUUUGUCUUACUUUGAAUAAAUGGGUUUUUUUCUGUG